CAGUCCCGUCCCGCAGUGAGAGGCUGCCCCGGACGGACGUGCCAGGCCCAGGAUGGAGCCUGGGCCAGCAACAGUGGGCGCUGGGAUGAGCCAUGGGACCAGCAGAUUCCGGAGCACCAGCAGGCCUGAGGCCGGCGUGUGCUCCCUGGCUCUGCCCUCGGACCUGCAGCUGGACCGCCGGGGCGCCGAGGGGCCAGAGGCUGAGCGGCUGCGGGCAGCCCGCGUCCAGGAGCAGGUCCGUGCCCGCCUCCUGCAGCUGGGCCAGCAGCCGAGGCACAAUGGGGCAGCCGAUCCCGAGGGGGUGGCCGAGGCAGCCAGAGGCACAUCUCGGGGCCAGUACCACACCCUGCAGGCUGGCUUCAGCUCCCGCUCCCAAGGCCUAAGUGGGGACAGCACCUCGACUUUCAGGCCCAUCGCCAAGCCAGCCUACAGCCCUGCCUCCUGGUCCUCCCGCUCGGCCGUGGACCUGAGCUCCAGUAGGAGGCUGAGUUCUGCCCACAACGGGGGCAGUGCCUUUGGGGCUGUCGGGUACAGGGGAGCCCCAACCGCUGUGCCCAUGCCUGCCCGGCCCGUGUCCUUCCAUGAGCAUGGUGGAGGGGGGAGCCGGGUGGACUAUGACACCCUGUCCCUGCGCUCACUGAGGCUGGGGGCCGGGGGCCUGGACGACCGCUACAGCGUGGUGUCCGAGCAGCUGGAGCCCUCGGCUGCCUCCGCCUACAGAGCCUUUGCCUAUGAGCGCCAGGCCAGCUCCAGUUCCAGCCGAGCAGGGGGCCUGGACUGGCCAGAGGCCGCCGAGGGGCCGCCCAGCCGGACCAUCCGUGCCCCUGCCAUGCGGACCCUGCAACGAUUCCAGAGCAGCCACCGCAGCCGUGGGGGGGCCGGGGCGGUGCCAGGAGGUGUCCUGGAGCCCGUGGCCCGAGCUCCAUCCGUGCGCAGCCUCAGCCUGGCCGACUCUGGUCACCUGCCGGACAUGCGUGGGCUGGACAGCUAUGGCAGCCACCGCGCUCUGCAGAGGCUCAGCAGCGGUUUUGACGACAUUGACCUGCCCUCAGCAGUCAAGUACCUCAUGGCCUCAGACCCCAACCUGCAGGUGCUGGGAGCCGCCUACAUCCAGCAUAAGUGCUACAGCGAUGCAGCGGCCAAGAAGCAGGCCCGCAGCCUCCAGGCUGUGCCUCGGCUGGUGAAGCUCUUCAACCACGCCAACCAGGAGGUGCAGCGCCACGCCACAGGCGCCAUGCGCAACCUCAUCUACGAUAAUGCGGACAACAAGCUGGCACUGGUGGAGGAGAACGGCAUCUUCGAGCUGCUGCGGACGCUGCGUGAGCAGGACGACGAGCUGCGCAAGAACGUCACAGGGAUCCUGUGGAACCUGUCCUCCAGUGACAACCUGAAGGACCGCCUGGCCCGGGACACGCUGGAGCAGCUCACGGACCUGGUGCUGAGCCCCCUCUCAGGGGCCGGGGGACCACCCCUCAUCCAGCAGAAUGCCUCCGAGGCUGAGAUCUUCUACAAUGCCACGGGCUUCCUCAGGAACCUCAGCUCAGCCUCCCAGACCACUCGCCAGAAGAUGCGUGAGUGCCACGGGCUGGUGGACGCCCUGGUCACCUACAUCAACCAUGCCCUGGACGUGGGCAAGUGCGAGGACAAGAGUGUGGAGAACGCAGUGUGCGUGCUCAGGAAUCUGUCCUACCGCCUGUACGACGAGAUGCCGCCGUCCGCCCUGCAGCGGCUCGAGGGCCGGGGCCGCAGGGACAUGGCUGGGGCGCCACCUGGCGAGGUGGUCGGCUGCUUUACGCCGCAGAGCCGGCGGCUCCGAGAGCUGCCCCUCACGGCCGACGCGCUCACCUUUGCCGAGGUGUCCAAGGACCCCAAGGGCCUCGAGUGGCUGUGGAGCCCCCAGAUCGUGGGCCUGUACAACCGGCUGCUGCAGCGCUGUGAGCUGAACCGGCACACAACAGAGGCGGCCGCCGGGGCGCUGCAGAACAUCACCGCGGGUGACCGCAGGUGGGCAGGUGUGCUGAGCCGCCUGGCUCUGGAGCAGGAGCGUAUCCUAAACCCACUGCUGGACCGGGUUCGGACAGCGGACCACCACCAGCUGCGCUCCCUGACCGGCCUGAUCCGAAACCUGUCUCGGAAUGCCAGGAACAAGGACGAGAUGUCCACUAAGGUGGUGAGUCACCUGAUCGAGAAGCUGCCGGGCAGCGUGGGUGAGAAGGCCCCCCCAGCCGACGUGCUGGUCAACAUCAUAGCCGUGCUCAACAACCUGGUGGUGGCCAGUCCCAUCGCCGCCCGAGACCUGCUCUACUUCGACGGGCUCCGCAAGCUGGUCUUCAUCAAGAAGAAGCGGGACAGCCCUGACAGCGAGAAGUCCUCCCGGGCCGCCUCCAGCCUCUUGGCCAAUCUGUGGCAGUACAGCAAGCUCCACCGGGACUUCCGGGCGAAGGGCUAUCGAAAGGAGGACUUCCUGGGCCCAUAGGCGAGGCCUUCUCAGAGGAGGAGGAUGUGAUGAGGCCCAGCCUCCAAGGGACAGGCUCAGCUCUGCACUGCUCACCGGCUGGCCUGGAGGAGAAGGCUGAUGGCUCAGGGGCCCCUCUCUGGACCCCCGUGUGCAACUCUGAAGGGCCUGGGCCAUCAGGGAGGGGACGGGGGCUGUGGCUGGGGAUUUGGCUUCUGCAGGGCAGGGGGUAGGGCAGGGCUUGAGGCUACUCUGGUGCAUGGGGGGUGACCAAGUCACACUGGCAAAGUUGGGGCUGGCCGUGGCCCGGCAGUGCCUCGGGACAGCCAGCACUGGGAAUAAAGGUGGCCGUGAACACAGCA